CAGAAGGUACUGUCCGGCGUCAAAUUAGUCUCAGGCGGAAACUAAGUCUCGCGCGGCUUUCACUGCGCGUGCGCGAGCGCUUGAGCCCUCCCCCGAGCGGAAGGUGCGUUCUCGGUUCCGGAGUGGUCUCCGCCGGUUGUUAGAAAGUAGACCCCUGCUGCUGCACCAUGGCGUCUGUAGGGACCCUCGCUUUCGAUGAAUAUGGGCGCCCUUUCCUCAUCAUCAAGGAUCAGGACCGCAAGUCUCGUCUUAUGGGGCUUGAGGCCCUCAAGUCUCAUAUAAUGGCGGCAAAGGCUGUAGCGAAUACGAUGAGAACAUCACUUGGACCAAAUGGGCUUGAUAAAAUGAUGGUGGAUAAGGAUGGCGAUGUGACUGUAACUAACGAUGGGGCCACCAUUUUGAGCAUGAUGGAUGUGGACCACCAGAUUGCCAAGCUGAUGGUUGAACUGUCCAAAUCACAGGAUGAUGAAAUUGGAGAUGGGACCACAGGAGUGGUUGUCCUGGCUGGUGCCUUGUUGGAAGAAGCCGAGCUGUUGCUGGACCGCGGUAUCCACCCAAUCCGGAUCGCCGACGGCUUCGAGCAGGCCGCCCGCAUUGCUAUCGAGCACCUGGACAAGAUCAGCGACAGUGUCCUCGUCGACAUAAAGAACACCGAGCCCCUGAUUCAGACUGCAAAAACCACGCUGGGCUCCAAAGUGGUUAACAGCUGUCACCAGCGGAUGGCCGAGAUUGCCGUGAACGCCGUGCUCACGGUGGCCGACAUGCAGCGCAGAGACGUCGACUUUGAGCUCAUCAAAGUAGAAGGCAAAGUGGGCGGGAGACUGGAGGACACCGAGCUUAUUAAGGGCGUGAUUGUGGACAAGGACUUCAGCCACCCUCAGAUGCCAAAACAAGUCCAAGAUGCUAAGAUUGCAAUUCUCACAUGUCCAUUUGAACCGCCGAAACCAAAGACGAAGCAUAAGCUGGACGUGACCUCAGUGGAAGACUAUAAAGCCCUUCAGAAGUACGAGAAGGAGAAGUUUGAGGAGAUGAUCCAGCAGAUUAAAGAAACUGGCGCUAACCUAGCUAUUUGUCAGUGGGGCUUUGAUGAUGAAGCAAACCACUUACUUCUUCAGAGCAACCUGCCUGCAGUUCGCUGGGUGGGAGGACCUGAAAUCGAGUUGAUCGCCAUUGCCACGGGAGGACGGAUCGUCCCGCGGUUCUCAGAGCUCACCGCUGAGAAGCUGGGCUUCGCUGGGCUGGUAAAAGAGAUCUCGUUUGGGACAACCAAGGACAAAAUGCUGGUCAUCGAGCAGUGCAAGAACUCCAGAGCUGUGACCAUUUUCAUCAGAGGAGGAAAUAAGAUGAUCAUCGAGGAAGCAAAGCGAUCCCUUCACGACGCCUUGUGCGUCAUCCGGAACCUCAUCCGUGAUAAUCGUGUGGUGUAUGGGGGAGGCGCUGCCGAAAUCGCCUGUGCUUUGGCGGUUAGCCAGGCGGCAGAUAAGUGCCCGACCCUGGAGCAGUACGCCAUGCGGGCGUUCGCCGACGCCCUGGAGGUCAUCCCCAUGGCUCUUUCGGAGAACAGUGGCAUGAACCCCAUCCAGACCAUGACCGAAGUUCGAGCCAGACAAGUGAAGGAGAUGAACCCCGCUCUGGGAAUCGACUGUUUGCACAAGGGCACAAACGAUAUGAAGCAACAGCAUGUCAUAGAAACCUUGAUUGGCAAAAAGCAACAGAUCUCUCUUGCAACACAGAUGGUUAGAAUGAUUUUGAAGAUUGAUGAUAUCCGUAAGCCUGGGGAAUCAGAAGAAUAAAGAAAAAAUGUAGAAUAAAACAUAGUAAGAUCCACUGCUGUGAUUAAAUAAAUGGGUGUCUUGUGAUGCAUCUACAGUUAUUUAUUAUUAUGUUCUUUUCUAGACACUGUAGAUGCUGUAAUGAAAGUAGCUGUUUGGUAACUAUAGUUGCUCUUGUUCAGAGACGUGUGGUGGUAGGGACACUGUCACACUAGCUUUUGUAUCCAUUGUAUUAAAGGCGUCUCUACACAGCCUUUUUUUUCUUAAACACUCACUGUAAUCAAAUGCCACCUUCAUUGAAAGGGGUUGUGGUUUGUUUGUUUUUCAUAAGCCUUAAGACCUAUUUUAACAGCUUAAAACAUUGAGUUUGUUCUCAGGAUUUAUUUUAACAUUGAGAGUAAUGUGGGCUUGAUCCUAUUAAAUGGACUUAAAUGCUGCAUCUGUGUAAA